GUUCACACAUCUGGUAGGAUUAUGUUUGGUCUGGGGGAACAUAAUUUCCUAAAGGUUACACAAAUAAUGACACAAUAAUCACAAUUCUGAGAAAUAGCCCUUUUUAUACUUGAUCUGUUUCUAUUUCCAUGAAAAUUCAUCCCGCAGUGGUAUGUGUGUAUGUGUAUAUAUACACACCUCAGUAUUUACACGUUUAUAUGCUCUCAGUGGCUCUUACUCAGUUUUACUUGCCCUUACUUCUAACUUUAGCUUUUAGGUCGAAGUUUUGUGAAUGUUCUCCACCACAUCAUUUUGUAAAUCUGACUUAUGAACACUACAAUACCCAGAAAUCAUUCAAUGGGCGGAACCUGAGACCGGUCUGUCAUAACUGAGGAUUAGUUUUAUUUGACGUCGCUCCAUGGACCAGGACAAUAAUUCAGAGGAGGAAUCUGUCGGUAUAUCAGAGGAUGACGCACAGAAUCGCUAUUCACUUGAACUCUCGGACAUGGAGGCGGUUGAAGUGUUGUGGAAGAUGCGGGCUCAGAGGAGGCAGACCAACCCUGACCUCCCUGACACUGUGACUCGGCUCACUACACCAGAGGGCAGUGUGGUCUAUCUGGUGGGCACGGCUCACUUCAGCGACAGCAGCAAGAAAGAUGUAACUACGACAAUCCGUGCAGUGCAGCCAGAUGUGGUGGUGGUGGAGCUGUGCCAGUACAGAGUGUCCAUGCUAAAGAUGGAUGAAAAAACGCUGCUCAAGGAGGCCAAGGACAUCAACCUGGAGAAGGUCCAGCAGGCCAUCAAACAGAAUGGCUUGAUGUCGGGCCUCAUGCAGAUCCUGCUGCUAAAAGUCUCUGCUCACAUCACUGAGCAGCUGGGUAUGGCGCCUGGAGGAGAGUUUAGAGAAGCCUUCAAAGAGGCAGGUAAAGUCCCUUUCUGUAAGUUUCACCUCGGGGACAGGCCAAUCCCUGUGACGUUCAAACGUGCCAUUGCUGCUUUGAGCUUGUGGCAGAAAGCACGGCUUGCCUGGGGCUUGUGCUUCCUGUCUGACCCUAUCAGUAAGGAGGACGUAGAAAAGUGCAAACAGAAGGAUCUGCUGGAACAGACGAUGUCAGAGAUGAUUGGCGAAUUUCCCGCAUUGCACCGCACCAUUGUUGCAGAGCGAGACAUCUACCUCACCCACACGCUCAGACAGGCGGCUCGCUGUGUUGAGGCGCCACCUAAUGGCCAGAAAGUGCCUGCUGUGGUGGUGGGAGUGGUUGGAAUGGGCCAUGUUCCUGGAAUUGAGAAAAACUGGGAUGAAGAGCUUAAUAUUCACGAGAUCAUGAGUGUGGUGCCACCGUCGCGAUUUGGCUGGGUGUUGCGUACUGUGAUGAAAGGGGCCUUGCUUGGUGUUCUGGGAUAUGCCUGUUACCGUGCCGGAGGGUGUGUGGGGAGGGCGUUUCUCUCCCUACCUGCUGUCCAAACGCUGGAGAAUAUACGACCGCCUCCUGCCUGACCUAGAUCUUCAACAAAGACUUAAAUAAACAGUAUAUAACACGAAACACCAUUUGCCUUAAGAUGAGAGAUGGGGCGGCUAAGAGGGUAUGAUAUGGCUCAUACUCUCUAAAACAUAAACUGGGAUUUUGGAACGGGGGAACUUGGAGCAGACCCAGUAAUCGCCCAUCUCUUAACAUUGAGCUCCUGCAAACAUGGAGCUGUACUGCCAAAAAAAACUCGGACAGUACUUCCUGUUCCCUUUCACUAUUUUCCCAUUUUCUUACACUUUAAUACAAGACAGUACUGUUUCAGUAUAGCAUGUGUACUUCCUUUGGAUUUUGUUCUGACAUUUUAAAUGAUAAUGUGGAAAGACAAAAGUGUGAAAUUAUUGAAUGCCUUGGAGUUUAUAUACAUGUCUCAAUUUAGGUAGCAGAGCCAUGGAUAUGCAACAUAAAAUCCCAAUGUUCUAUAGUUUAGUAGAGAUUGCUGUCAGUGCUAAAGUAAACACAUAAUUGAUGAAAUUUUCCAAUUCUACCAUUGCAUAAUUAAUCAUUUAAUAAUUUUAUAGAGUACAAAGUAAAAGUAAAUACACGUUUCAUAUUGUAAGAGGAUUUUACCAAAGCAUGCUUUGCUUUUUUUCAAGGUUUGAAGGUUUAUCAUGAACUGAGAGAAGAUUCCAGUGUUUGCACAUCUGCUGUAAAUGCUGUUUCUUUAACUGUAGGAUAAUGUUUUUUUCCUAAAUCAUUUCCUAAAGGUUACACAAAUAACUGUCACAGACACAGUAAUCACAAUUCUGAGAACUAGCCCUUUUUAUACUUGAUAUAUUUCUAUUUCCAUGGGAAAAUUCAUCUUGCAGUGGCAAUAAAGAAUGCCAAAAUUAAUGGAGGACUAUAGUCUCACAAGCUAUACCUCUAUGAGCAGAGCGUCUGAGACUACUGAAGCACCACUUCAGCGGUACCUGUAGUACUCCUUAGAGUGUGGGGUUAAACAAAAGCGAAGCAUGCAAGAAGCAUGUUCUAGCUUGAGAUGAAGCUAUGUCCAGGUCAUCUGACAAGUGCCUCCCAUAAUGUUACUUGAAAAAGGGCUAACAAACACAAGCUGACCAGAUCGAUUUGAUCACAUUCCAUCAAAUCAUAAAGAAAUGUGUGGUAUUUGCUCUUAAAUGACACACAUUCCAUCAAAUCAUAAAGAAAUGUGUGGUAUUUGCUCUUAAAUUAUCUGUUUAAUGGAUAGUCCUGAUUGUAGUCCUCUGCUUGAGCCUUUUGUAUUGUUUUAAUAACAUUUGAUUUGCAGACUAAACAUUUGACCAGUAACCAAUAUGAUCAGUCUUGUCAUGCCAUCAUGCGUAAAUAUUCACCCCUCUUGAACUUUUCCAGAUUUUGGAACCAACCAAAAACUGAAAUGAGCUUGGUUGGGAUUUUUACAAUUUGAUUUGCACAAUUUGGUCAUCUGUCAAUUCCCACUCACCAGCCAGCUCCAUCACACAACAGAAGGUGAAGUGAACACGUGCUUCCUCCGAAACACGUGAAGCCAGCCAAUGCAUAUUUUCAAACUGCUGCUCAUGCUGCAUCACAGGGCAGUGUAACACACUCGGAGGAAAGCGCUAUCUGCCCCCUUCCGCAUACAUCACAGGUGCCCAUGAUUGGCUAGUGUCACUGUGAUUGACAAGGGAGAGAGGGCAUGGCCAAUUUUGCUCUGUUGGCUUCCGGCCAUGGAUGGCUAUAUCGAUGGCAGGAUUUAAACUCGCAAUCUCCCGAUGAUGAAACAAAUGCAGUUUGUUGAGUUCAACGGGGGUGAAUACCUAUGCAAGGCACUGAAUGGUAGGGGAAAAAAAACGACACAAUUAAAUGUCUUCUCCUUCAUCUAACUUUUAAAAUGCCUUCAAACUUUGCUGUAAUUAUAUCAUUCUCUGCCUUUUUUAAAUGUACUUUUGUAUCAUUCAUAUAGCAGUAUUAGAAAAUAAUUCACCACUGAUUUAAAGAAAACAAUAUUUUAAAAAAGCAAUAUUACUCACAAAUGUGCUUAAAGUUAACUUUGAUUUUAUUUGACUUCAAAUCGCUUCAAAACUUUUAAAAUGCCUUCAAACUUUGCUGUAAUUAUAUCAUUCUCUGCCUUUUUUAAAUGUACUUUUGUAUCAUUCAUAUAGCAGUAUUAGACAAUAAUUCACCACUGAUUUAAAGAAAACAAUAUUUUAAAAAAGCAAUAUUACUCACAAAUGUGCUUAAAGUUAACUUUGAUUUUAUUUGACUUCAAAUCCCCCCCCCCCCCCCCAAUAAUGUGCAGCAAAUGUCUGUGGUUUAAUGUGUCUCUUUCUAUUGAUUACCGAUGUUCAUUGUAUUAUAUGAGUGGAUAGUAACAGGGAGAUGAGUUGUUGCAUUUUGUUAAUAAGCCCAAUGCCCAACCAAAACAACAGAACAGAACUCCCCCAAUAAAACAGACUUUUUACUAUGGGCUUUUGUUUCCUGUCUCUUGCGUUCUUCUUUUAGAGUUCAGGAGGGGAUUUGGCUAAGUAAGUACUGUGCUGUUCAAGGAGUAAAAAAAAAAGGUCUAAUGUUAGAGCUCCAGUCUUGACUUAUUUAAGACUGGAGCUCUAACUUGACAA